AUGUAAACGAAUACGUAUACACGCGAGGCAAGUUUCAGCAAGGCAGCGAAACAGACUCAUUUUAUACGUGCAUUUUACAAAUGGGCCCUUGACAGUGCAUUGGUUGGUCUCUCAGAAAAUGGCGGCCACCAUGAAAAAGAGUGUUGCGGUUGAAGAUGUCAACGUCACCUUUGAAGACCAGCAGAAGAUCAACAAGUUCGCGAGGAACACGAGUCGCAUGACUGAGCUGAAGGAGGAAAUCGAGGCGAAAAAGAAAUCGCUGCAGAAUCUGGAGGAUGCCAGCGAUGACCUUAUGAUGUUUGAUGACGACUCGCUACUCGUUCCAUAUCAGAUUGGCGACGUCUUCAUCAGUCACUCUCAAGAGGAAACACAGGAGAUGUUAGAAACAGCUAAGGAAUUACUGAAAGAAGAGAUCAAAGGACUUGAGAGUCGUGUUUCGUCAAUACAGGAAGUUCUAGCUGAUCUGAAGGUCCAACUAUAUGCCAAGUUCGGGAAUAACAUAAACCUGGAAGCAGAUGAUAGCUGAAGUUAUUGAAGAAUGCCAGUUCACGAACUUUUCACGCCAACCUUGCAUUGUAGUCUCUGCAGAGGCAGCAGGAUGCCGGCCAGUUCUGUCCCUUAAAAGAGCUUUUCAAGUGUAUUCUCUAAAUUAAAUCUGUGUGGUUAAUUGUGUGAACGUUCCAGGUACAUUUCCCAAUAAAUAAUCAUUCAGAGGA